GAAUAUAUCCUUCUAAACUACUAUUAGAACUGUGAAGGGCUAGGUUGAAAGAGAAGCACAUACGCCUCAACUCAAAGAAAGCAAAGAAAGAAAUGGAAUGGAAAAAGAGUGAUCUGGAUGUUAUACUUGUACCACUAGCUUUUUUGAUAAACAUUGCUUAUCAUUUCUGGUUAUGGCAUAAGGUUCGCACUGAACCACUCACAACUAUCAUCGGGACAAAUGCUAAAGGAAGACGUUAUUGGGUCUCGGCCAUAAUGAAGGACAAUGACAAGAAGAACAUCUUGGCAGUCCAAUCUCUGAGGAACACAAUAAUGGGAUCAACCCUAAUGGCAACUACAUCGGUUCUACUUUGUUCUGGUCUCGCAGCUGUAAUAAGUAGCACUUACAGUGUGAAGAAGCCACUCAACGACACCCUUUAUGGGGCCCAUGGGGAAUUCAUGGUGGCUUUGAAAUAUGUGACACUACUCACUAUUUUCCUCUUCUCAUUUUUCUGCCACUCGUCGUCCAUUAGGUUUAUAAACCAAGUGAACAUUCUGAUUAACACACCACCUGACCCCAUGUCCAUAGUGACCCCAGCGUAUGUGUCUGAGCUCUUAGAGAAGGGUUUCUUGCUAAACACUGUGGGAAACAGGCUCUUCUAUGUGGCACUUCCUCUUUUGCUUUGGAUCUUUGGACCUGUAUUGGUUUUCUUGUGCUCUGUCACCAUGGUGCCAGUGCUUUACAACCUUGACUUUGUGUUUGGGAAUGGCCAAGUUGAAAACGGGAAAAAUGUGAAUGGGGACUUUGUAUGAAUAGUGUGAAAAUAAAAUAAAAUGAGAACAUGGAUGGUGUGAUUUUGCGUA